UAUAAAAAGGUCUGAAAAUUUUGUAUCGGCAUCAGUUCGGUUCCAACUCUCAAUCCAAAAUGAGAGGAAUAACCCUCGUGAUCCUUUGCUGCACUCUGCAGUACGCAGCUGCAAAUUUCAACCCGCUAAAGGUAGCGGGACUUGAUAAAUCCAAUAGUCACACGACGGUUCUAAAUGAAACUGAUAAAAUUGUCAAAGACAAAUUCGGACAUUUAGAAGAGAUCAAAACGAAGAGAUCAAAGAUUGAAUUUGACUCUCUACCACCAGGCUUGCAAAAACAUCAUGGACAUUCAAAGAUCUUUAAAAAGUUCUUCAUUGAAAUUGAUGAAGAGACUGGUAAAGAAAUAGUUAUCGAGGAAGAGUCUACAGUGACGAGACUCGAUGAGGAAGAAGAUAACUCAUCUGCUUCAGCGUCAGCCUCUUCCAGUGCAUCUUCAUCAUCAUCUGCAAUUGCAAAUGGCCGACCACAACCUGGUCCUAAAGCAUCUGCUGCAGCGUCUGCAGUAGCAAACGCACAGGGUUAUGGUGGCCCCAGCGCUAUCAACCUCAGGGGUCCUGGAGGACUAUCAGCUCAGGUACAACCGCAAAAACAAUCCGGCCCAAGCAGCUCAGCUCCUGGUGAGAAGAUUGUUAUCAUUAGGGAGGGUUCCUCAGCUGGUCCUGAUGCACAAUACGGCUCCGGUGCAAGUUCAGAUGCAGGAGCAGUAUCAGGAGAGAACUCCGGAGCACUAUAUGGUCAAGGUGGCUACGCAUCCGGUGAAAUCAUAGGACCAAACGACUAUGAGGGAGCUCAAGGCCAAUACGGAUCAAGAGCAGCUGGUCCAUCUGGUAACGGCUAUGGAGCACUUAACGGCCUCGGUGGACUCAACGGUGCCAACCAAGGAUCAGCAGCAGCGUCAAGCGCAUCUGCUCAAUCCAACGGACGAGACAACACUGUCAUAAUUCUUGAGGAAGGUUCUUCAUCGUCAGCCUCUGCUUCAUCCGGUGCCUCUUCAGGUGGCCAAGGAGGACGAGGUGGUCGCGGAGGACGAGGUGGCCAAGGAGCAGGAUAUGGAGCAUCUGGCUCGCAAGGACUUAACGGACUCGCCUAUGGCCCAGGUUCAUCUGGAUCAGACGCAAACGCACAAUCCUCAGCCAACGCUGGACAAGGCUACGGACCAGGCAGCCUCUACGGAGCUAAUGGUGAUAAUGUAUAUGGUGGUGCUCGUGCAGCAGCCUCAGCAGCCUCAGCGGCCGCAGAAGCAGCAGCAGAAGCAGCCGCAGCAGGAGCAGCAGCAGAGGCAGCAGCAUUAGCAGCUGCAUCUGGCAACAACUACGGAGGACUUAAUGGACAGGGAGGACUCAACUAUGCCAACCAAGGGCCAAGCAGCUCAUCGGCUUCAUCGGCAUCAGCUUCGCAAUCAAGCGGAGAAGACACCACCGUCAUCAUUCUUGGUGAAGGACCUUCAGCAUCAUCAUCUGCUUCCUCCAGUGCCUCUUCAGGUGGUCAAGGAGGACGAGGUGGACGAGGAGGACGCGGAGGCCAAGGCGCCGGAUACGCCCCAUACGGCUCGCAAGGACCUAACGGACUCUACAACGGACCAGGCGCAUCUGGAUCCAACGCAAACGCACAAUCUUCGGCAAGCGCUGGACAAGGAUACGGACCAAGCGGCCUUUACGAACUCGACGGUGUUGACGCAUACGGUGCAAACGCAGCAGCCGCAGCAGCAGCACGCGCAGCAGGAAACGGCUAUGGACAGCAAAACGGACUUGAUGGACUUUAUGAAUCCAAUGACCUCCAAGGACUUGACGGUCUUUACGGACAAGGUGGCUACGGAGCCGGUGCAGGAUAUGGAGCAGGAGCAGGAUAUGGAGCAGGUGCAGGAUCUGGAGCUGGUGCAGGAGCAAACGCAGGAGCCUCAUCUGGUAACGGCUAUGGAGCACUUAACGGCCUCGGUGGACUCAACGGUGCCAACCAAGGUUCAGCAGCAGCAUCAAGCGCAUCUGCUCAAUCCAACGGACAAGACACCACUGUCAUCGUUGUUGAUGGAGGUUCCUCAUCGUCAGCCUCUGCUUCAUCCGCUGCCUCUUCAGGUGGCCAAGGAGGACGAGGUGGUCGCGGAGGACGAGGUGGCCAAGGAGCAGGAUACGGAGCAUCUGGCUCGCAAGGACUUAACGGACUCGCCUAUGGCCCAGGUUCAUCUGGAUCAGACGCAAACGCACAAUCCUCAGCCAACGCUGGACAAGGCUACGGACCAGGCAGCCUCUACGGAGCUAAUGGUGAUAAUGUAUAUGGUGGUGCUCGUGCAGCAGCCUCAGCAGCCUCAGCGGCCGCAGAAGCAGCAGCAGAAGCAGCCGCAGCAGGAGCAGCAGCAGAGGCAGCAGCAUUAGCAGCUGCAUCUGGCAACAACUACGGAGGACUCAAUGGACAGGGAGGACUCAACUAUGCCAACCAAGGACCAAGCAGCUCAUCGGCUUCAUCGGCAUCAGCUUCGCAAUCAAGCGGAGAAGACACCACUGUCAUCAUUCUUGGUGAAGGACCUUCAGCAUCAUCAGCUGCUUCCUCCAGUGCCUCUUCAGGUGGCCAAGGAGGACGAGGUGGACGAGGAGGACGCGGAGGCCAAGGUGCAGGAUAUGCCCCAUACGGCUCGCAAGGACCUAACGGACUCUACAACGGACCAGGCGCAUCUGGAUCCAACGCAAACGCACAAUCUUCGGCAAGCGCUGGACAAGGAUACGGACCAAGCGGCCUUUACGAACUCGACGGUGUUGACGCAUACGGUGCAAACGCAGCAGCCGCAGCAGCAGCACGCGCAGCAGGAAACGGCUAUGGACAGCAAAACGGACUUGAUGGACUUUAUGAAUCCAAUGACCUCCAAGGACUUGACGGUCUUUACGGACAAGGUGGCUACGGAGCCGGUGCAGGAUAUGGAGCAGGAGCAGGAUAUGGAGCAGGUGCAGGAUCUGGAGCUGGUGCAGGAGCAAACGCAGGAGCCUCAUCUGGUAACGGCUAUGGAGCACUUAACGGCCUCGGUGGACUCAACGGUGCCAACCAAGGUUCAGCAGCAGCAUCAAGCGCAUCUGCUCAAUCCAACGGACAAGACACCACUGUCAUCGUUGUUGAUGGAGGUUCCUCAUCGUCAGCCUCUGCUUCAUCCGCUGCCUCUUCAGGUGGCCAAGGAGGACGAGGUGGUCGCGGAGGACGAGGUGGCCAAGGAGCAGGAUACGGAGCAUCUGGCUCGCAAGGACUUAACGGACUCGCCUAUGGCCCAGGUUCAUCUGGAUCAGACGCAAACGCACAAUCCUCAGCCAACGCUGGACAAGGCUACGGACCAGGCAGCCUCUACGGAGCUAAUGGUGAUAAUGUAUAUGGUGGUGCUCGUGCAGCAGCCUCAGCAGCCUCAGCGGCCGCAGAAGCAGCAGCAGAAGCAGCCGCAGCAGGAGCAGCAGCAGAGGCAGCAGCAUUAGCAGCUGCAUCUGGCAACAACUACGGAGGACUCAAUGGACAGGGAGGACUCAACUAUGCCAACCAAGGACCAAGCAGCUCAUCGGCUUCAUCGGCAUCAGCUUCGCAAUCAAGCGGAGAAGACACCACUGUCAUCAUUCUUGGUGAAGGACCUUCAGCAUCAUCAGCUGCUUCCUCCAGUGCCUCUUCAGGUGGCCAAGGAGGACGAGGUGGACGAGGAGGACGCGGAGGCCAAGGUGCAGGAUAUGCCCCAUACGGCUCGCAAGGACCUAACGGACUCUACAACGGACCAGGCGCAUCUGGAUCCAACGCAAACGCACAAUCUUCGGCAAGCGCUGGACAAGGAUACGGACCAAGCGGCCUUUACGAACUCGACGGUGUUGACGCAUACGGUGCAAACGCAGCAGCCGCAGCAGCAGCACGCGCAGCAGGAAACGGCUAUGGACAGCAAAACGGACUUGAUGGACUUUAUGAAUCCAAUGACCUCCAAGGACUUGACGGUCUUUACGGACAAGGUGGCUACGGAGCCGGUGCAGGAUAUGGAGCAGGAGCAGGAUAUGGAGCAGGUGCAGGAUCUGGAGCUGGUGCAGGAGCAAACGCAGGAGCCUCAUCUGGUAACGGCUAUGGAGCACUUAACGGCCUCGGUGGACUCAACGGUGCAAACCAAGGUUCAGCAGCAGCAUCAAGCGCAUCUGCUCAAUCCAACGGACGAGACAAAACUGUCAUCAUUCUUGAGGAAGGUUCUUCAUCGUCAUCCUCUGCUUCAUCCGGUGCCUCUUCAGGUGGCCAAGGAGGACGAGGUGGUCGCGGAGGACUAGGUGGCCAAGGAGCAGGAUACGGAGCAUCUGGCUCGCAAGGACUUAACGGACUCGCCUAUGGCCCAGGUUCAUCUGGAUCAGACGCAAACGCACAAUCCUCAGCCAACGCUGGACAAGGCUACGGACCAGGCAGCCUCUACGGAGCUAAUGGUGAUAAUGGUGCUCGUGCAGCAGCCUCAGCAGCCUCAGCGGCCGCAGAAGCAGCAGCAGAAGCAGCCGCAGCAGGAGCAGCAGCAGAGGCAGCAGCAUUAGCAGCUGCAUCUGGCAACAACUACGGAGGACUCAAUGGACAGGGAGGACUCAACUAUGCCAACCAAGGACCAAGCAGCUCAUCGGCUUCAUCGGCAUCAGCUUCGCAAUCAAGCGGAGAAGACACCACUGUCAUCAUUCUUGGUGAAGGACCUUCAGCGUCAUCAGCUGCUUCCUCCAGUGCCUCUUCAGGUGGCCAAGGAGGACGAGGUGGACGAGGAGGACGCGGGGGGGCAGGGCCCCAUACGGCUCCAGCCGCAGCAGCAGCACGCGCAGCAGGAAACGGCUAUGGACAGCAAAACGGACUUGAUGGACUUUAUGAAUCCAAUGACCUCCAAGGACUUGACGGUCUUUACGGACAAGGUGGCUACGGAGCCGGUGCAGGAUAUGGAGCAGGUGCAGGCGCAAACGCAGGAGCAAAUGCAGGAGCCGCAUCUGGUAACGGCUAUGGAGCACUUAACGGCCUCGGUGGACUCAACGGUGCAAACCAAGGUUCAAGCGGUUCAGCAGCAGCGUCAAGCGCAUCUGCUCAAUCCAACGGACAAGACACCACUGUCAUCAUUGUUGAUGGAGGUUCCUCAUCGUCAGCCUCUGCUUCAUCCGCUGCCUCUUCAGGUGGCCAAGGAGGACGAGGUGGUCGCGGAGGACGAGGUGGCCAAGGAGCAGGAUACGGAGCAUCUGGCUCGCAAGGACUUAACGGACUCGCCUAUGGCCCAGGUUCAUCUGGAUCAGACGCAAACGCACAAUCCUCAGCCAACGCUGGACAAGGCUACGGACCAGGCAGCCUCUACGGAGCUAAUGGUGAUAAUGUAUAUGGUGGUGCUCGUGCAGCAGCCUCAGCAGCCUCAGCGGCCGCAGAAGCAGCAGCAGAAGCAGCCGCAGCAGGAGCAGCAGCAGAGGCAGCAGCAUUAGCAGCUGCAUCUGGCAACAACUACGGAGGACUCAAUGGACAGGGUGGACUUAACUGGGCUAGCCAAGGACCAAGCAGCUCAUCGGCUUCAUCGGCAUCAGCUUCGCAAUCAAGCGGAGAAGACACCACCGUCAUCAUUCUUGGUGAAGGACCUUCAGCAUCAUCAGCUGCUUCCUCCAGUGCCUCUUCAGGUGGUCAAGGAGGACGAGGUGGACGAGGAGGACGCGGAGGCCAAGGCGCCGGAUACGCCCCAUACGGUUCGCAAGGACCUAAUGGACUCUACAACGCACCAGGCGCAUCUGGAUCCAACGCAAACGCACAAUCUUCGGCAAGCGCUGGACAAGGAUACGGACCAAGCGGCCUUUACGAACUCGACGGUGUUGACGCAUACGGUGCAAACGCAGCAGCCGCAGCAGCAGCACGCGCAGCAGGAAACGGCUAUGGACAGCAAAACGGACUUGAUGGACUUUAUGAAUCCAAUGACCUCCAAGGACUUGACGGUCUUUACGGACAAGGUGGCUACGGAGCCGGUGCAGGAUAUGGAGCAGGAGCAGGAUAUGGAGCAGGUGCAGGAUCUGGAGCUGGUGCAGGAGCAAACGCAGGAGCCUCAUCUGGUAACGGCUAUGGAGCACUUAACGGCCUCGGUGGACUCAACGGUGCCAACCAAGGUUCAGCAGCAGCAUCAAGCGCAUCUGGUCAAUCCAACGGACAAGACACCACUGUCAUCAUUGUUGAUGGAGGUUCCUCAUCGUCAUCCUCUGCAUCUUCCAGUGCCUCUUCAGGUGGCCAAGGAGGACAAGGCUAUUAUGGCCCAGGAUCAGCUGAAGCAGCAGCGGAGGCAGCAGCCGAAGCAGCAGUAGAAGCAGCCGUAGAGACAGCCGCUGACGCAGCAGUAGCAGCUGCAGCCGCCGCAUCAGCAUCAGCUAACGCUAUCCAAGCAGAACAAUACGCAUUAAGCGGUCUUAACGCUAAUGACAAUGGAUACGGAUCGGAGUCUUCAUCUUCGGCAGCCUCAUCGUCUGCAAGUGGAUCAUCUGACAAGGUUAUAAUCAUCGAAGGUGGCUCACGUGGAUCAUCAGCAGCUAGCUCGUCGACCCAAGAGUCAUAUGCUCCUUAUGGAUCCGGAUAUGGUGCUGGAAGUAGCGCUUCUGCAGCUGGAUCAGCCCUGGGAGCUCGAGGCCGCAAGAACUGCCGCAUCACCCGUAACACAAUCUUUGUGAAGUUCGGCACUCGUCGCGCGCCAUGCCGUACUUGCUAGUUUAUUAAUUUCAUAAUUAUUGUUUUUUGCCCUGGAUACAUCUUUUCUUUUCAAUGUAAAUAAAUCUUGGCAUUUUA